AUGGGGCGUGCAAGCUACAACUUGACCCAUGACUCUGAGCUCCUACACAGUUCAAAGGAUAAAGGUUGCACCCAUCCACAUGAGACUCAGAAACAUACUGAAACUGAAGGACGACACGUGACAGUCUCUGUGAUAAAGUUAGCAAGCUCCCUUAGCGGGCGACAUUCCCCAAAUGCUUUGACCAAUGUGGUUAGGUUUUUCUUUGGAUCUGGCCUGGCAAGUGCAAGGAUCAUUGGCUUCCUCGGAUUCGAGAAGAAACGCAUAAUCUGUAUGAAGACGAGAACUCCAAGAUACAUCACACAGUUCAUUUCUAGCUAA